UGCACCCACUAAAUUAUUAAAAAAUGAUAGUUUAGUACUAUGUAGAUAUCAUAAAGUUUUUUUAAGGUAAUAUAUAUACUACGUAGGCACAUGCAUCCAAUUAGCUUUUAGGUUAAAGUUUUCAUUUGAUAGUCUCUGCGAAACAAUUUAUUGAUUCCCCCCACCCCCCAUGCCCCCAACUGAUGUCGGAUUCGUACUCCCGUGACUAUAAAGACAUACUAUGUGUCGUGAGUGGUGGGGGUAAUAUUUUAAAAUGCUGUUCUAAAGAAACAAAAAUUCUGGGAAAAGAAUAAUGAAAGUUUGAAUUGAAUAUUUUCUCAGAGCCGUUGAGAAACAUUAUAAAUACAUCCACUGAGCAGGUAAGAAAAGUAGAAAACAAAUCAUGACAAGCUCAAACUCAUCAUCAACGAUGAGCAUCUUUCUCCGUACCGUUGUUCUUCUCUAUUCAAUUUCAAGAAUUUUGAGCACUUUUGCUUCUUCUUUUCCUGACCAAAGUGAUAUUCUUUUGGAGUUCAAGAACGAGUUCAAGAUUCAAAAGCCGUGUGAGUUUCUUGAUCCGAAGACGGAAACAUGGGCAAACAAUAGCAACUAUUGCAACUGGCGGGGUGUAACGUGCGACACCAAGUCGGGCAAGGUGAUCGGGCUAGACCUUAGCUGCAGCUGUCUUCAUGGCCGGCUCAAACCAAACAGUAGUCUUUUUAGACUGCAUCAUCUCCAAAGUCUUAACCUUGCUUUUAACACCUUCCUUAAUUCUACAAUCCCAGCUAAGUUCAACAAACUCAUGGGCUUGGAGAGGCUUAACCUCUCCGGGUCUUCAUUUUCCGGUCAGGUUCCAACAGAAAUUGUUCAACUAACCAAUUUGGUGUCUCUUGAUCUGUCUUCUUCUUUUUUUUCCGAUACACCAAAUACUUUAUCCAUAGAGGAACCAUCAUUUCUCAGUCUUCUUGCUCGAAACUUGAGGAACCUUAGAGAACUAGAUAUGAGCUAUGUGAACAUCUCUUCAGAAAUCCAAAAUGAGUUUUCAAACAUGUGGUCUCUGAGAUCGCUUUUUCUUACCAACUGCAACCUCCUAGGAAGAUUUCCAAGCAAUAUUUUUCUCAAACCCAGCUUACAGCUCAUUAAACUUGAUUCCAAUCUCAAUCUUAGAGGUCAACUUCCCGAUUUUCAAGGAAAUGAGUCUCUGCAGGAGAUAAGCAUUGACGGGACAUCUUUUUCAGGUACCAUACCCGACACAAUCGGAAACCUCAAACAUCUGCUUUCUUUGAGACUUGCUAGAUCCGAUUUCUCUGGGAGGAUUCCAUCUUCACUCGGAAACCUUUCUCAUCUCUCUUUUCUCCACCUUACUUCUAAUUAUUUCAUUGGUGAAAUCCCCUCUUCAAUUGGUAAUCUAAAACAGUUGACCGUCUUUGAUGUCUCUGGUAACGAGCUCAGCGGGAACUUUCCAUCUGCACUACUCAAUCUGCCCCAACUACGUGUCAUCGGUCUCCGUUAUAACCAAUUUUCAGGUUCUCUUCCACAUAAUAUAAGCCAACUCUCCAAAUUAGAAAAUCUUUAUGUGAAUGGAAACUCUUUUGUUGGACCCAUUCCUUCAUCCCUAUUCAACAUUUCCUCACUGAUUCUCAUCGAUUUGAGGAACAACCAAUUCACUGACCUCCUCGCGAUCGAGAAAUUCUCCUCGUUGCCUAAUUUAAAAUACUUGUCUCUCGGCGGUAAGAGUUACUCGGUCAACGUCAGACCUUUUGACUUAAACCUCUUCUCGCCUCCUCUCAAACACCUGUCAGGAUUAUCUCUCUCCGGAAUCCCUCUUUCGACAACGAACAUCACUCCUGAUUUUACAUCACACUUGACGUAUCUGUACCUGUCAGGCUGCAACAUCACCGAGUUCCCCGAGUUCAUUAGAAACAAUCCAAACCUAGUUAGACUAGACCUUUCCAACAACAAAAUGAAAGGUCAAGUACCAGACUGGUUGUGGAGCCUACCAGAGUUGUACGCUGUGGAUCUUUCUAACAACUCUCUCACUGGUUUCAACGGAUCCUUAAAAGGUAUCCAUCAUUAUGAGAAUAAGAUAUCAGCCUUGGAUCUAAGUUCAAAUGCCUUCCAAGGACCAUUGUUCUACCCAUCAAGUUCAAUCGGAUAUUUGCUUGCCUCUAAGAAUAACUUCACCGGAGAGUUGUCCUCUUCGAUAUGUGGAUUGACCUCUCCACACAUCAUAGAUCUCUCAAACAACAACUUCGCCGGCUCAAUCCCUCGGUGCUUAGAGACUCUCAUGACUUCUCUAACUGAUCUAAAUCUCCGAAACAAUCGCCUCGAAGGAACUCUUCCUCCUGACAUAUUUGUCAACGCCACGGAGUUGACGUCACUUGACCUCAGUCACAACCUAUUGGAAGGACAACUCCCUCCAUCUCUCAUCAACUGCUCUACUCUCAAAGUUCUAAACUUGGAAAGCAACAAACUCAACGAUACGUUUCCCUUCCGCUUGAGUUCUCUGCGGAAGCUUCAAGUUCUCGUCCUCCGCUCCAAUAACUUUCACGGCAAGUUACACCGCUCUGCCUCUGACGGUGCAUGGUCUGGAUUUCCUCAGUUGAAAAUCCUCGACGUAUCACACAAUGACUUCCUCGGCACGUUACCCUCUGAUUACUUCCUCAACUGGACUGGCAUAUCAUCCAAGACUGACGACAACAACAACUCUACAGAGCCAGACUACGUUGGGAGUUAUGGUGGCUACAGAUACUACGCUUCGAUUGUGCUGAUGGCUAAAGGUGUAUCGAUGGAGAUGGAACGUAUCCUCAAAAUCUACGCGGCCGUCGAUUUUUCAGGAAACCAGCUCCAUGGACACAUUCCUGAAUCUAUUGGUCUGCUAAAGGAACUGCGCAUCCUGAAUUUGUCAAGCAAUGCUUUUACGGGCCAUGUCCCAUCGUCUCUGGCCAACCUUACGGUGUUGGAAUCGUUGGACCUAUCCCAAAACAAGCUCUCCGGUGAGAUUCCUCCAGAGCUUGGAAACCUCCAUUCGCUUGGGUGGAUUAAUGUUUCGCAUAACGAGCUUGUAGGGUCCAUACCGCAAGGCACGCAGUUUCAGAGACAGAAAUGCUCAUCCUACGAGGGGAAUCCUGGACUUGUUGGUUCUUCUCUUAAGGACGUUUGUGGAAGUCGUAAUGAGCCAACAUUACAGCAGCCGGAGUCUUUACAAGAUGAAGAAGAAGAAGAAGGAUGGUUGAGUUGGAUGGCAGCAGGGAUAGGAUUUGCACCUGGUGUUGUAUUUGGAAUCACGAUCGGAUACAUAGUGGCUUCGUACCAGAAUGAGUGGUUCAUCAAUAUUUUUGGCCGGACCAGAACUUUUUAAAAGCUCAUUUUUGUUCUUUUUCUCUAAGGGGGUUAUUGGGAGAUUAAUUUUCAUGAAUUUUGGAAAUUUUGAAAUUCCUUUGUUAUUGGUUCUUGGAUUUCAUAAAUCUUAAUAGAAUCUAUUAUUAUUGGUUUAAGAAUUUUCAAAAUU